CUGGAUUAGUUUCUGCCCCAGUCGACUAAUCAGCCAGACGUUUCUGGGGAGUUACUGGACAGAGUCAUCUUUGUUGGUGCACCCAUUCCUUUCUUCUCUGUUCUAUUUUUUUUUUUUUUUGAUUGAAAUUAUUUUUUGAUUGUUAAAGUCUUGCUGCAUCGAUUCAGCUCAGAAGACCGGAGUAAAUGUGUGGGCCGGUGGAAUCCUAGUGUGGGAGAAAACAUCAGUCGCACAGAGAAACCAUGAGCUCAGCCAAACCCAGUGGCCUCAAAGCGCCCAGCAAGAUCGCCCGCCCGACUGGGGCUGCCAAAACCUCGCCCUCCUCCACCAAACCAGGCCAGAGUGACAAAUCAUCACCGUCUGAGGCCCAGGAUGCGUCGGAGAACUUUCAGGUCGGGGACCGAGUCUGGGUCAAUGGGACUAAGCCUGGCUAUGUCCAGUUUUUGGGAGAGACCCAGUUUGCCCCUGGCAUGUGGGCGGGCAUCGUGCUGGAUGAGCCAAUCGGGAAAAACGACGGUUCUGUGGCGGGGGUCAGGUAUUUUCAGUGUGAGGCAUUGAGGGGGAUCUUUACACGCCCCUCCAAACUCUCACGAACUGAAGGGGAGGCCAAUGGCACUCAGACCGCUCCCUCGUCCCGCGCCCCCUCUCCCACCCCCUCCACCAAGUCCUCCACGCCUGCUCCAUCAGCCCCCACCGCAGUCAAGAAAACCGCCACUCCGGCCACACCCACCACACCUGCCUCCAACCUGACCCGGUCCAACAGCGAGUCUGUCUCCAACCUGUCGGAGUCCGGCUCAGUGAAGAAAGGAGAGAGAGAGCUGAAGAUAGGGGACCGUGUCCUGGUUGGGGGCACCAAAGCAGGUGUUGUGCGUUUUUUGGGAGAGACAGACUUUGCUAAGGGGGAGUGGUGUGGGGUGGAGCUGGAUGAACCGCUGGGAAAGAACGAUGGUGCCGUGGCAGGAACCAGAUAUUUCCAGUGCCAGCCGAAGUACGGUCUUUUCGCUCCCGUACACAAAGUCACUCGGAUAGGCUUCCCCUCCACCACGCCAGCCAAGGCCAAGACCACGGUCAGGAAGACAGUAGCCACGCCCUCGGGGCUAAAACGCAGCCCCAGUGCCUCCUCCAUCAGCUCCCUCAGCUCUGUCGCCUCCUCUGUCAGCGGCAGGCCCAGCCGCACGGGCCUGCUGACGGAGACAUCAUCACGGUACAACCGUAAGAUCUCAGGCACCACAGCGCUGCAGGAGGCCCUGAAGGAGAAACAGCAGCACAUCGAGCAGCUCCUCGCCGAGAGGGACCUGGAGCGGGCCGAGGUUGCUAAGGCAACCAGCCACGUGGGCGAGGUGGAGCAGGAGCUCACCCUCCUCAGGGAAGGCCAGGAACAGUAUGUGAUGGAGAUGGAGGCCAAGAUGGACCAGCUGCGGUCGUUGGUGGAGGCUGCCGACAAGGACAAGGUGGAACUGCUUAAUCAGCUGGAGGAGGAAAGAAGGAAGGUGGAGGACCUUCAAUUUCGGGUGGAGGAAGCCUGCAUAACCAAAGGAGAUUUGGAGACGCAGACCAGGCUGGAGCAUGCACGCCUUAAGGAACUCGAACAGAGUCUGCUCUUUGAAAAGACCAAAGCUGACAAACUCCAGAGGGAGUUAGAAGACUCUAGGGUUGCCACAGUCUCGGAGAGGUCGCGCAUCCUUGAGCUGGAGCGAGACCUCGCCUUGCGGGACAAGGAGGUGGCCGCCCUCCGCCAGCGUCUGGAGUCUACUCCUGGGCAGGAUGGCACCAGUGAAGACGCGCUGACCUCCGCACUUCAGGAGGAGAUCACCUCCCUCCGCAGCCAGCUGUCCUCCCAGGGCUCCAGCCACCAGGCAGAGCUGGUCGCCCUUAGAGAGAGACUGGAGGCUGGGGAGACGGCUCAUGGUGAGGCAUUGGCUCAGCUCCAGGCUUCCUCGGGCCGUCUGUCCAAGGACAAUGAGCAGCUCCGUGCCCGACUGGCUCAGGCCGAACAGGAGAACGCUGACGUCAUUGAACUGUGGCGUUCCAAGCUGGCCUCUGCCAUCACCUCCCACCAGCAAGCCAUGGAGGAGCUGAAGGCCUCCUCAGGCAAGGGAGCAGGUGGUGCCCAGGCAGCUGAACUGGUGGAGCUGCGUGGAGUGCUGGAAAGGUUGAAGGUAGAGCACAAGAUGGAGCUGGAGGAGGCAGCCACACGGCGCUCCACUGAGACAGCUGAGUGGAUCCGCCAGACUGAAGAACUGCGAUCGCAACUGCUGAGCGUGACGGAGGAGAAGGAGAGGCUGGUGGAAUCUCUCCGGACGAACCUGGAGAACGCGGAGGAGCAACACCUGGUGGAGCUGGAGGAGGCGAUGGGGAAGCUUCAUGCGGCAGAGCUGAGGGUAAAGGAACUGGAGGAGGAGGGGGCCAAACUGGGAAAGCAGGUGCAGGAGAAAGACCGUGAGGUUGAGGAAAAGAGCACAGCCCUUGAGGCUUUGAGCUCACAGCAGAGCCAAGGUAACCAGGAGAUGCAAGGUCUGGUUGCCCGGCUACAGGAGGCUGAGGGCAAGGUCCGGUCACAGGAAGGAAAGGUCACUGAGCUCACUGCGCUGCUGGAGUCAAAGCAGCAGGAGCUGGAGCAGAGCUUGGCCUCACAGCAGGAGAAUAAGGUCUCUCUGGAGCAGGAGAUCAGUGAUCUGAAACAGAAGCUUGCAUCACUUUCAGAUGAACACACUAAAUCAGUUCAAUCUAUGCAAGAGUUAGAGGAGAAGCUGAAGAAGAAAGAGGAGCAAUGCUCAUCUCUUCUCACUGAAUCAGAGACCCUGAAGACACAGCUCGCUGGUCUGGAGAGGAAAGUGAAAACUGGGGAAGAGAAGUUGGAUCAACUCACCAAAGACAAGGCCAAGCUGGAGAAUGACAUCAGUGAUCUGAUGAAGUCAUCAGGGGACAGUUCUACUCAGCUGACCAAAAUGAAUGAAGACCUGAAGCAGAAAGAGAGGAGGUUAGAGGAGCUCCAGGGCCAGCUGUCAGAGCAGCGGGAGAGAGCUGCUCGUUCUGAGGAGAGCAGACGGCAGGAGCAGGCUCGAGCAGAGCAGGAGCUGAAAGAUGCUAAUGAGAGACACCAGGGGGAGGUGACCAAACUGCAGGAGAAGAUCAGUCAGUUGGAGAAGAAUGUAGAGGAGAGUCAAACCAAGACCAAAGAGGUCCAGUCCUCUGGGGAGAAGGCCCUGGCUAAGGCCCAGGAACUCCACACCAAGGAGAUCCAAGAGCUGCAAGCCCAGAUAGAGAAGGCCAACCAGGAGCUUCACACAUCCAAGGAUAAGACUCAGCAGCUGGAGAAACAGGUGGCAGAGCUAUUGCCCUUCAAAGAAAAGGCACAGUCACUCACUGCUGAGUUAGCCUCCUCCAGACAGGAGACCAACAGGCUUUCUAAAGAGCUUGAAGGACAGAGAUCCGUGAGUAGGCAACAGUCUGAGGAAAGACAGGCACUCCUCACUGAGAAAGAGACUCUAGUAAAGCAGCUCUCAGAGUCCCAGGGGAAAAUAUCCAGCCUGGAGCUUUCUCAGAGAGAGCUCUCCUCAAAGGGUGAAGAAGCAAAAGCACUGAAUGAAAAAAUCAGUAUUGAAGUCAAGGACCUAACCCUUGCUAACAAGCGAUUAGAGGAGGAGAAGGCUGUGCUUACCUCUGAGAGAGAGCAGCUUUCCAAGCAAGUGCAAGAGCUCACGAAAAGCUUAAACGAAAUAAAAACUGACAACAGUGUACUUAAAGACAGCGAGGCUAAGCACUUAAAACUAAUUGAAGAGAUCCAAAAGGUGAACACAGAAAAGCAGGAGGUUAUCCUGAAAUACCAGAAAGAGAUUGAGCAGCAAGAGAGCACCAGGAAACAGUUAGUCCAGGAGCAUGCGAAGACCUGUGAGGAUAGGAACAGGUUUCAGGAGGAGCUUACCAAACUCCAGGGUGAGCUGCAGUCUGCAAAGAAGAACUUUGAGACUGAGAAAGAUGCGGCCUGUAAAGAAAAGAAAUUGCUUGAUGAAAAGAUUACAAACCUGCAGUCCAUGGUAGAGUCCCUCAAGUCAGAGAAGGAGAAUCUUUGUGUUAAAAAUGCCACUUUGCAGAGAGAGGGUGAUGCACUAAGCAAAGAGAAAGCUGAAUUAUCUGCUCAGCUCAGUUCCACUAUUUCAGAUAAACAGUCUCUUGUUGUUGAUAAGGCAGAGUUGCAGAAUAAGCUGCAAGAAACAAGUAAGCGUUUAGAUAAGUCCAUUCAGGAGAAUGGUGAGCUACAAGCCUCUAAAAACAGCCUUGUUCAAAUGUUGGAGGAGAUCAAAACCAGCAGGGAAGUCACAGACUCAGAGAGACUUCAGCUGAUGCAAGAAAAGGAAGAAUUACUGACAACACAGAGGAGGGUCAUGUCCGAGAAGCAGGAACUCAUAAAAGAGAGAGAUGAGCUCCUUGAAAAACUUUCUUUCUCUGCAGAAGAAGUGAAUGCCAUUAAUGAAAAGAAUAAAGUUCUUUGCCAGAAGGUUUCAGAGACUGAGAAAGCCCUCAAGUCUCUACAGGAGGAAAAAACAGACCUCAGAUCUGCCUUGGAAGAACGGAAAAAGGAGUGCGAGAAUUUAGGACGGAAGAGGGGCGAGUUAAUCGAAAAACACGAAAGGGAAGUCUCUGAGAAGGAAUCUCUUUUGGCGGAGAAAAAACAGCUGGCAGAAGACCUGGACAGUGCCAAGGACCAACUGAACAACUAUAGCAAGACAAAUGCCGACCUACUACAAGAGAAGGUCACUCUGGAAUCAGAGCUGGACAAAAUGAAACAGAUGAAGGAGAAAGGUGAUGCUGAGAAAGCUGACUUGCUGAAAGACAAAGCCAAUCUUCAGAAUCAGCUGCAGAAGACAAGUGCUGAGGCUGAGGAUCUGAAGAAGGCCAAAGAUGAUUUGGUAAAGCAGCAUCAAAAGCUAAAAGCUGAGAUAGAUAACAUCCGGAAGGAACAAGGACACCAGAGAGAUGCGCUAACCAAAGAGAAGGAAAGUCUUGUUUCCCAGCAGACAGAGAUGAACAGAGUCAUCGAAGAGGUCAAGAAGAGCAAUGACCAACUUCUCCAGCAAAUUCAAGAGCUUUCCUCUCAAUGUAAUUCUCUUUCAGAAGAGAAGAAGUGUUUAGAACUUCAACAGCAAGCUUUGGAGAAAGACAAGACUAGUGUCUGUGCCAUGAAGGACACAUUGUCCCAAAAGGUUGUGGAGCUGGAGAAAAAUCUGGCCAUUUUGGACCAUGAAAAAGGCCGCCUUCUGGAAUCAGAAUCCACACUUAAUGCUGAAAUAGCCUCCAUUCGGGCUAAAAAAGACACAGCAGAGGUGGAGCAGAAAGAUCUACGUAGCAAAAUGGAGGAGCUGAAGAAGUCCCUGGACCAGUUGCAUGCUGAGAGAAGUGGUCUCUUGGAGGAGAAGACGGAGUUGCAGGCUCAAGUUCAGAGUCUUAGCCAGAAAUUUGAUUCAGGUGUCCAAACAGCAGAUGAAAUGUGUGAAAGGCUGAAGAAAGCCGAUGAGGAAAACGCUGCCUUGUCUCAGGAGAUCAAGGGUCUGAGGGCUCAGCAGAAAAAGAGCGAUGAAGUUCGAUCAGACAUGGCCGUUGCUAAAGAGCUCCUCAGCGCCAGAGUGGAAGAUCUAGAAAAGCAGACCGUCUCUCUCACCAAAGAAAAGGCUGAUCUCUUGGACUCAAGGUGCAAACUCGAGCAAGAGGUCUUGUCCCUCCGUCGGAGACAGGAAAACGAUAACUUGGAACAUGCAGAUCUUGUGGCUAAAUUCGAGGAGCUGAAUGAGAUUCGGUCUCGGCUAGAGGCAGAGGGACACGUGCUCCGGACAGAAAAGGAUAGGGUGGAGGAGAAACUGAAGUCUGCUGAAGAGGAGGUGACCUCCUACUCAAAAGCGAAGGCGGAGAUCUCCUCUGUCCUGGCUUCGGUUCAAGCUGAGAGGGACGCUCUGCUUAGGGAAAAAGCAGAAACUGAACGCAAAGUCGUACAGCUUGAGGCACAGCAAAAAAGCACUCUGUCCGAACAGCUUGAGGCUGCAGAGAGCACUGGGCAGAUGGCACAGGCUUUGGAGAGGUUAACCCAGGAGAAGAUUGAUCUGCAGAAGCAAGUGUCUGAAGCCCAGACCUUGGUGGAGGAGUUAAAGAGUGCCAAACAAGAGAUGCAGGCACAGCUGAACGAUCUGACGAAACACAACGCUGAAUGUAAGGCAGAGCUGACCAAAUCAAAGGAGCAGCUCAACUCUGACAAUCAGAAGAUCACCAGUCUCUGUAAAGAGAUUGAGGAGCUGAAGCAGUCAGUCUGUGAGAAGACUGAGUCCAUGGAAGCAGUGAAGAAGGAGAGUGAGAGAUUGACAGAGGAGUUGGCCAGCAGCCGACAGGAGGGCAGUAACCAGCAGAAAAUUGAAGAAGAGUGUGCCAAACUCAACAAACAGCUGAAGGAGAUGAAGAAGAGGGAGGGUAAAUUGAAGAGUGAAUUUGACAAGGAGAAGGCUUCCCUCCAACAGUCUGUCCAGGAGAACAGUGCCUUGAUAUCAGAGAAGGACAAACAGCUGGAAUCUCUCAGAAAUGAGAUUACUGCGUUACGUGGAGAGAGCUCAGAGGUGAAGAGGCUGCAGUCGGCAGUGCAGGCUCUGGAGAGUGAGAAGACCCGGCUACAGGACAGAGUCCACAGCCUGGAGAAGACCCAGACCCAGCCACCGGCCGCGGGCGACAGCUCCACAGGCAAUCCAACUGUGGAUCAGUUGAGAGAGGAGAAACAGACAGCUGAGAGUCAGAUUGAGUUCCUGAACUCAGUCAUCGUGGACCUGCAGAGAAAGAAUGAGGAGCUAAAAGCCAAACUGGAGAAGAUGGCAGAAGCUGCUCUCAACGGAAACAACGCCAGUGAAAUGGACAACCACGAAAGUCUACCCGAGGCCCAGACAAAGAAGAAACCUCCGCCCCGUCUCUUCUGUGACAUCUGUGACUGCUUUGACCUCCAUGACACAGAAGACUGUCCCACCCAGGCCCAGCUGACAGACUCCCCGCCCCACACCGCCUACCACGGCAGCCCCCAUGAUGAGAGACCCUACUGCGACAUCUGUGAGAUGUUUGGCCACUGGACAGAGGCCUGUAACGACGACCAGACCUUCUGAACAUCUCCUUCACUACUACUACUACUGCUGCCCCACCUUCCCGCCACCGGAGAACUUAAAACUCGCAAAAACCGCACACGCCUUGAAUCACACAGCACACAGACAUGUCUCUGUGUGUGUACAUGUGUGUAUGUGUGUGUACAUGUAUAUGUGUGUGAGUGUGUGAGCAUGUGUGUUCUGCUUGUGUGUGUGCACAUGCCAUGUCGCUCUGAGUACUAAGCAAGUGACUCAGAGUGUGUGUACGGGAGCACAAGAGCUCUGACUUCAUUGGGUGAAUCUGUUCUCUGCACUUACUGGACACUUGUUUGGCCGACUGUUAAAGUGGAACAGGGCAUUCUGAGCUUCAGGCUACGGUUCUAAGGAAAACAAUCUUGGGUUCUUGAGUAAUCUAUGGAGUUUGUGCACAAGGAGCUAUCAGAGUGAUGCUUUUUUGGAGCUUCUUUUAUUAAAAAUACAUUUUAUUGUAGUACUUUGGUGUUAACUCUGGGUUUUUGGAGGUGAAGGGGAUAGAAUGGCAUACUGACCUCUAUGGAAGGACCUGUAGUUGCCCCAGCUGGAUGCCUGGUGAAAAAGCCGCUGAAAUUCCUCAUGCACUUUACUCCUCUCUCCUCUUCCCUGAUUUAGAACCUCAAUUCCAUUUUAAUGGCCUUUCCAAAAAAAUACAAAAAUGAAAUAAAAGACGUUUAAAUGAUCAUUAUGAAGAAUAUAAGAUAUUGAAAGAGAAUAUAUGGAUACUGUCAUGUUUUAUUCCUUUUUUGUCUUUGGAAU